AUGAGGUCCAGCCCAUGCGCGACGGCCGCGACCCUCGCGUGUGUCCUUGCCAAUGCGGGGGCUUUUGGCCUGGCCGGCAACAUCCAAGGCGACGUCAACUCCUAUCUCGCAAACAUUCCAGUCUCCCAGAGCAAUGACGCGACCCAGUCUGCGGACAGAGAGAGCGCUCGGCUCGCGCUGCUGGCGAAAGACACCAGCAAGCUCGGACACGUCCAGCACAGAAUCGGAUGCCCGACGAGCUGCUUCGAAGCGCUAGGCAAUACGACUUCUUGGUUCCUUUACGGUGGUUUCGACGCUUUGAGAAGGGCCUGCAACAGCACCAUGCUCUUAGACUUUGCGCUGUUCAAUCCCGUCGACGGACCCGACGCUCAGGUUGCGAUCCACGCCUGUGCUGCCGGAUCCAACUCUUCCGAAUCGACCGCGACUCUAAAGCAGAGGUCCGACGCUGCUUCUUGCUCGCGAGAGGGGGUGGCGCGCGGAAAGGUUACGUCUUCCUUGCAACUAUCGAGCUCCGGAUCUUCUUCUGCUGCGAACCUGGCUGACAUCACUGCCAGCCUGGAUUUGUUGAAAGAAUUCUACAGCUCCCACGAUUCAGGUUGCAACGAGAUGUUGAAAUUUGCAUCUUCGGGGAAUGCUGCGGUGGGAGUGUACGCCGGAUCCGGGUUGGCCGGCCAGGGCGUCUUGACGACUACGCUCGACAAGCUCCGCGCCGAGCUGUCGAGAGGCGAAGGUGUCGCAGAGCAGACUGUUGUUCAGCUGUGCGGCAACUCUACUGCUCGAUAUACCUUUGGCAUCUACAUCGGUACCGACGGCGAGUUUGGGCGGGUUCAGCGAGCGCUCCAGUCGUGGAAGAAUGGCACGUGCGUUGAUGCCGACACGGCCUCGGUGCGCUGGGAACCGGUGACAUUCACAUCGCCACUGGCCGUCAACGUGAGCUUUGGAGCGAAUACAACCAUGGCAUUCCACGGCAACUUCUCCGGAAGCAGCGGAACGCUCAAGAGCCCGGCGACACUGACUGGGCGAGGAGAUGGAGAUGGCUGCAGCCCCAUCCAGGUAGAGGCGGGAGAUAGCGUCGAAACUCUCGCCCGCGAAUGUGGCCUAAGCAUUGAUGAAUUUGCCAAGGACAAUCCCGGAGCGGCUCAUUCCGCGGUAUAUGUGCCGGGGCAGCGACUGUGCUGCAGUGCGCCUGGCACGGCGAGUGCAAGGGAAAGGCGUGCUUUGACACCAGACGCUGACGGCUACUGUCACCCUUAUCUGGUCAAGAUGGGAGAUAGUUGCUCUGCACUGUCAGCCACGUAUGGGAUUACCAAUGACGAUAUUGAAGAGUGGAACAAGAAGACAUGGGGAUGGAACGGCUGCAACAAAAUGUUCGCAGGCUACAACAUCUGUCUCAGCAAGGGCUAUCCGCCGAUGCCCGCGCCGGUCAAGAACGCUGUCUGCGGGCCGCAGGUUAAGGGCACGGGCAGAUACCCCCACGAUAUCGACCCGACGAGCCUGAACACAUGUAGACUUAGGGCAUGCUGCAACAUCUGGGGCCAGUGCGGCACGACCGGCGAGUUCUGCACGCCCUCCAAGUCCCCCACCGGCGCUCCCGGCACGGCCGCCCCGGGCGAGAACGGAUGCAUCUCCAACUGCGGCACCGACGUCAUCACCGGCCACACCCCAAAGGACACCUACAAUAUUGCCUACUUUGAAGCCUACGACUGGGACCGCCCCUGCCUCCGCAUGGGCGCCGACCAGAUCGACGCCUCCAAGUACACCCACGCCCACUUCUCCUUUGCCGUGCUCACCGACGACCUGUCCAUCAGUGUCGCGGACACGGCGACGCAGUUUGACCUGUUCCGGGGCCUGACGGGCAUCAAGAAGAUCGUCGCCAUCGGCGGCUGGGCCUUCUCCACGGACCCGGCCACCUACCAGAUCUUCCGCAGCGCCUUCCGCGGCGAGGUGAACCGCAGCAAGCUCAUCGACAACGUGGUCAAGUUCCUGACGGACAACGACCUGGACGGCGUCGACUGGGACUGGGAGUACCCGGACGAGCCGGACAUCCCCGGCAUCCCCCCCGGCACGCUCGACGACCAGGUCGGCUUCUACCUCUUCUUCCAGGAGCUCAAGAAGAAGAUGCCAGAGGGCAAGACGGUCUCGGUGACCGCGCCGGCGUCCUACUGGUACCUGCAGCACUUCCCCAUCCAGGGCAUCAGCCUGGUCGUCGACUACAUCGUCUUCAUGACGUACGACCUGCACGGCCAGUGGGACUACACCAACAAGUACUCCUCGCCGGGGUGCGGCUCCUACGACCAGGGGCUCGGCAACUGCCUGCGGUCGCACGUCAACCUCACCGAGACCAUCAACGCGCUGUCCAUGAUCACCAAGGCCGGCGUGCCAUCGGACAUGAUCGUCGUCGGCGUCAGCAGCUACGGCCGCUCGUUCCAGAUGUCCGAGGCCGGCUGCUGGACCGAGCAGUGCACCUACACCGGUCCGGAGUCCGGCGCGUACAAGGGCCGCUGCACCGGCACCGCCGGCUACAUCUCCGACUUUGAGAUCAAUGAGAUUUUGGCGCACAGCCCGUCGGCGCAGACGCACCUCGACCCGGGAUCCUACUCGGACAUUGUCGUCUUCAACAACACGCAGUGGGUCGCCCACAUGAGCCCGCAGAACAAGGCCUUCCGCAAGCUCCUCUACAAGGGUAUGAAGUUCCUCGGGACCGCCGACUGGGCCGUGGACUUGCAGUCCGAGAGCGGCGAGGAGUCUGACGGGGCGGCCGACUCGCAUAAGACCAUCUACGUCGACCCCAAGAUCUGGCAGUCAGCCACGCAGGUCGUCACGGCGCCGCCCGGCGCAACCCUCGUGUGGCCGCCGAUGCCGCUCGCGUCGCCGACGACCAUCACGUUUGAGCCGUGGAGCACCGUCGUCAGCUACUCGAGCCCGACGAUCAAGACCACGACGCGGAGCGGCAUCACGUCGACCUACCCGGCCUACGUCUACGUCACCUGGCAUACCAUCCUGACCAUCCCUCCGCUCGUCACCACGGCGAUGCCCGUCUGGGGCGUCCCGCUUAGCAACGCGAGUAGCACCGGCGGCGGCCCCAUCAUCCUGACCAGCUCCGUGCAGCCGCCCCCAUUCACGAUACUGGUCACGCCCGUCAUCGACGGCACAACGUCCAUCGUCGAGCCUACGUCGACGUCGACGACGACGCCGGCGGCGAUCAUCUGGGGCACCAAGACGUACGUCCCGCCCGUGGAGACGGAGACGUUUGGGAAGAGCACCAUCAUCAUCGGGGGCAGAACCCUGCUUCCCACUGGCGUCGUCGUCACGCCCCAUCCGUACCCGUCCAGCAAGCCCACGCCCGGCACGACCGACCCGGUGCUCAAUUCAAAAACGCCCAAGUGGAAGUCGGGCAAGGUGCCGGAGCCCACCGCCGAGCCCGACUGUCCGGGAUGCGGGAAGCCGUGCCUUCUCUGGUGCGACUCGGACUGCCCAUUCUGCCCACCCAACGUCUUUGGCAGCGGCGGCGGCGGCGGCAGCUCCGGCUCCGACCCGGACGACCCGGACGACCCGGACCGCCCCGACUCCCACCACACCGUGCUGUUCGACGGCCUGCUCAGCGACGACGUCGUCCCCGCGACGGUCGACCCCUACGACGUGGCCACCUCCGCGGCCGCGGAGCAGUCCUCCUAUUUCGAGUCCGUCUGGGAAGACUACCUGUUCCCGCACCACGGGCCCGCCACGACGCUGUCCAUCGCGCCCGCCAAGCCGAUGCCCUACGCGCGCUGCAUCAUCUCGGACAGCAUCCUGUGGUGGACCUUUACCAUCUACGACAUUGACGCGUGGGCGGGCGACGGCGGCAAGAAGCUGCACAGCGAGGAGAGCGGCUGCGGCGCCAUCACCGGGUGGACCUGGCAGGACGAGUCGAGCAAGACGUCGACCAACGUGGUGUUCAACCUGCCGCUGUUCAUCAAGGACGGUUGCGUGGAGCGGGCGAUCGUGUCGGCGGGCGGGCCGAAGAUCUCGUGCGUGCAGGACUACGAGGUGCGCAACCACCCAGAUCGUCGCGGCCGGGUAGAGGCGGAGGCGUCGAGGAUGCCGUCAAGGAGGGUUGAGGGCGGAGGGGGCGCCGGUGCGAGAGGACCCCCGCCGGUGCCGUACACCGUGGAGGAGAUGGAGGAGUUUGCUCGAUUCUACAUCAGCAUCCAGCCGGAACUCGUCAACAUGGGCACGCACCCGCACUAUGUGCCGAUGGAUUGGGGAACGGCUGGAGCGGCGCGCGUAACGGGCAUGGCUUCUUGA